GUUAAAGAACGCCCCCGACCUCGGCAAAAAAGCGUGUGCUAACACAAAAAUGUAGAAUUGGCUAAUUGUACAUCUCGAUACGGAACUAAUUAACGUGUGCGGUUUUAUAUUCCGGUGAUUAAUGGAGGAGGAAGAAAAAACAAUUAGGAAACAUUUCUCUUACCUUUAUUAGCCUUAUGGAUGCGAACGGCUACAAUGAGCUGGUUUCGUUAUUGUUUUCUUUGCAUUGUGGUGCUCCAUUGUGUUCCAUCGGAAGGGUUUGUUUACAAUGUCUCGACCAAAGACUCCAAACCCAACUGCGUGUGCGACGAGAAUACUAUCUGCAUACGAAAAUGCUGCGAGCUGAAUCACGGCAUACCCGGUUCCGCCGCGAACUGCACUUGGUAUGGAAAUCCAAACUUCGUGACGCAAAUUACCCAUGACAGUGAAACACCUCCAGAUGUGUGCUUUACGUAUGGAAUCAUGCAGUGCGGUUUCACGUUUUUCCGAUUGGAGCCUCGCAUGAACGCCGAUGAUGAGUAUGAGAUAAAAGAUGGUGUUCUCAGUACACCUGCAAUUGAAAUGGCAUACCCGUACAAUGAGUUCUGUGUUGAGGAUUUUGAAGAUAUUGGCGUUUCGGCGUACGUUUGUGUUAAUGAAGAAGCAGUGGAGCCCGGAGAAUACUACGCAUUUGGUAUGCUAAUAUCAAUACCUUUCCUGAUAGUAACCUUUGUCGUGCAUGCUUUGCUUCCCGUUAAGACCAUGCACACAAAAUGCUUGAUGUGUUUCGUGCUGUCCCUAGCGUUUGCGUACGUGUUUUUGAGUUCCACGCAAUUUUAUGGAGGUUCUGAUAUGAUCGCGUGCCUAACGAUUGGGAUGAUUUGCGUAUUUAACUUUAUGGCAAGCUUUCUUUGGACAAACGUGAUGUCGUUCGAUAUUUGGCUGACGUUCAGCGGGGUUGGAGGAUUUGGGCGCAAUCGGAAGAAGUCAGAGCUGAAACGUUAUUUGAUGUAUUCGGCGUACGUUUGGGGCUUUGGUGUCAUUCACAUCACAAUGAUCGUUCUUUUGAAUACAUUUGCAUCAGAAGAUGCUUGGUAUAACCCACUGUUCGGCUUCGACAAGUGUUGGUUUAGAGACGAUAUGGCUAUCCUGCUUUACUUUUACGGACCUUUAGCUGCAAUUAUAGUCAUUAACAUCGCACUGUUCACGUUAACCGCUCUAACCAUAAAAAAAACUCAAAAAGACACAAAGGUACUUAGGCAAGGCGAAAACAAGAGUACGGAUGAUGACCAGCAGAGAUUCAAAUUGUACUUGAAACUCUUGCUCGCUAUGGGUGGAAAUUGGUCACUCGAGGUGAUCUCAUGGGCGUGGGGUUGGCAAGUGGGUCCCGUGCCCGAGUUUCUCAACUUCGUGAUCGAUCUGUGCAACGUAUUUUACGGCGUGCUAAUUUUUUUCAUGUUUACCUUCAAAAAGACCAACUGGAUACAAUUACAAAAACGAUUUCCUUCUUUACGCAAAAUCCAAAUGCCGAAUUUGUGCAGAAGAGGGCCCCAACAGACGUCUGAAAGUGUACCACUUUCCUAAGCGUUGGUUCACAGAUAGGUAGUAUACAUUACAAAUUAAUUGCAUUGCUUUAAUUAUACUUAAUUAAUUAAUUAUUGUUUGUAAUAGAGAAAGGAAUAAAAACGUGACAAACAA